ACCUGUCCGGGACGCAGCAUAACUAACGAAGCUGCUGCAGGAUGAGAAGAUGGCAGCACGGCUGCUCGCACCACCAGGCCCUGAUAGUUUUAAGCCUUUCACCCCUGAGUCACUGGCAAAUAUUGAGAGGCGCAUUGCUGAGAGUAAGCUCAAGAAACCACCAAAGGCCGAUGGCAGCCAUCGGGAAGAUGAUGAGGACAGCAAGCCCAAGCCAAACAGUGACCUGGAAGCAGGAAAGAGUUUGCCUUUCAUCUAUGGGGAUAUCCCCCAAGGCCUGGUUGCGGUUCCCCUGGAGGACUUUGACCCAUACUAUUUGACGCAGAAAACCUUUGUAGUAUUAAACAGAGGGAAAACUCUCUUCAGAUUUAGUGCCACGCCUGCCUUGUACAUUUUAAGUCCUUUUAACCUGAUAAGAAGAAUAGCUAUUAAAAUUUUAAUACAUUCAGUAUUUAGCAUGAUCAUUAUGUGCACUAUUUUGACCAACUGUGUAUUCAUGACUUUUAGUAACCCUCCCGAGUGGUCGAAGAAUGUGGAGUACACAUUCACAGGGAUUUAUACGUUUGAAUCAGUAGUGAAAAUCCUUGCAAGAGGUUUCUGCAUAGAUGGCUUUACCUUUUUACGAGAUCCAUGGAACUGGUUAGAUUUCAGUGUCAUCAUGAUGGCAUAUGUGACAGAGUUUGUGGACCUGGGCAAUGUCUCAGCGCUGAGAACAUUCAGGGUUCUCCGAGCUUUGAAAACUAUCUCUGUAAUUCCAGGCCUCAAGACAAUUGUGGGUGCCCUCAUUCAGUCUGUGAAGAAGCUGUCAGAUGUGAUGAUCCUGACAGUAUUCUGCCUGAGUGUUUUCGCCCUGAUUGGACUGCAGCUGUUCAUGGGGAACCUGCGAAACAAGUGUGUUGUAUGGCCCAUAAACUUCAAUGAGAGCUAUCUCGAAAACGGCACGAAAGGCUUUGACUGGGAAGAGUAUAUCAACAAUAAAACAAAUUUUUACACAGUUCCUGGCAUGCUGGAACCUUUACUCUGUGGGAACAGUUCUGAUGCUGGGCAGUGCCCAGAGGGAUACCAGUGUAUGAAAGCAGGAAGGAACCCCAACUAUGGUUACACAAGCUUUGAUACUUUUAGCUGGGCCUUCUUGGCUUUAUUUCGCCUUAUGACCCAGGACUAUUGGGAAAACUUAUAUCAAUUGACCUUACGAGCUGCUGGGAAAACAUACAUGAUCUUCUUCGUCUUGGUCAUUUUUGUGGGUUCCUUCUAUCUGGUGAACUUGAUCUUGGCUGUGGUAGCUAUGGCUUAUGAGGAGCAGAAUCAGGCAACACUGGAGGAAGCAGAGCAAAAAGAGGCUGAAUUCAAAGCAAUGUUAGAGCAGCUUAAGAAACAACAGGAAGAGGCACAGGCUGCUGCAAUGGCCACCUCAGCAGGCACUGUCUCAGAAGAUGCCAUUGAAGAGGAAGGUGAAGAAGGGGUCGGCUCUCCUCGGAGCUCAUCUGAACUUUCUAAACUCAGUUCAAAGAGUGCCAAAGAAAGACGUAACAGGAGAAAGAAGAAGAAGCAGAAGGAACUCUCUGAAGGAGAGGAGAAAGGAGAUCCUGAGAAGGUGUUUAAGUCAGAGUCAGAAGAUGGCAUGAGGAGGAAGGCCUUUCGGCUACCAGACAACAGAAUAGGGAGGAAAUUUUCCAUCAUGAAUCAGUCACUGCUCAGCAUCCCGGGCUCCCCCUUCCUCUCCCGCCACAACAUGUUCAUCCCGAUCCGGGCCCGAGAGCGCCGCAGCAGCUACAGCGGCUACAGCGGCUACAGCCAGGGCAGCCGCUCCUCGCGCAUCUUCCCCAGCCUGCGGCGCAGCGUGAAGCGCAACAGCACGGUGGACUGCAACGGCGUGGUGUCGCUCAUCGGCGGGCCUGGCUCCCACAUCGGCGGGCGGCUCCUGCCAGAGGUGAAAAUAGAUAAGGCAGCUACUGAGGACAGUGGAACAACAGAGGUGGAAAUUAAGAAGAAAGGCCCUGGAUCUCUUUUAGUAUCCAUGGACCAACUGGCCUCCUAUGGACGAAAAGACAGAAUCAACAGUAUAAUGAGUGUUGUUACAAACACACUAGUAGAAGAGUUGGAAGAGUCUCAGAGAAAGUGCCCACCAUGCUGGUAUAAAUUUGCCAACACUUUCCUCAUCUGGGAGUGUCACCCCUAUUGGAUAAAGCUGAAAGAGAUCGUGAACCUGAUUGUUAUGGACCCUUUUGUGGACCUGGCCAUCACCAUCUGCAUUGUCCUGAACACACUGUUUAUGGCAAUGGAGCACCAUCCCAUGACGCCACAGUUCGAACAUGUGUUGACUGUAGGAAAUCUGGUUUUCACUGGAAUUUUCACAGCAGAAAUGUUCCUGAAGCUAAUAGCCAUGGAUCCUUACUAUUAUUUCCAAGAAGGUUGGAAUAUUUUUGACGGAUUUAUUGUCUCCCUCAGUUUAAUGGAACUGAGUCUAGCAGAUGUGGAGGGGCUUUCAGUGCUGCGAUCUUUCCGAUUGCUCCGAGUCUUCAAAUUGGCCAAAUCCUGGCCCACCCUGAACAUGCUGAUCAAGAUUAUUGGAAAUUCAGUGGGUGCCCUGGGUAACCUGACCCUGGUGCUGGCCAUUAUUGUCUUCAUCUUUGCCGUGGUGGGAAUGCAGCUCUUUGGGAAAAGCUACAAAGAGUGUGUCUGCAAGAUCAACCAGGAGUGUGAACUUCCUCGCUGGCAUAUGCAUGACUUUUUCCAUUCCUUCCUCAUUGUCUUUCGAGUAUUGUGCGGGGAGUGGAUUGAGACCAUGUGGGACUGCAUGGAGGUGGCAGGCCAGGCCAUGUGCCUCAUUGUCUUUAUGAUGGUCAUGGUCAUUGGCAACUUGGUGGUGCUGAAUCUGUUUCUGGCCUUGCUUCUGAGCUCCUUCAGUGCAGACAACCUGGCAGCCACAGAUGAUGAUGGAGAAAUGAACAACCUACAGAUCUCAGUCAUCCGCAUCAAGAAAGGUGUGGCUUGGACCAAACUGAAAGUACAUGCCUUUAUGCAGGCUCACUUUAAGCAGCGUGAGGGGGAUGAAGUGAAACCCCUGGAUGAGCUCUAUGAAAAGAAGGCCAACUGUAUUGCCAACCACACUGGUGCAGACAUCCACAGGAAUGGUGACUUCCAGAAGAAUGGCAAUGGCACAACCAGUGGCAUCGGCAGCAGUGUGGAGAAGUACAUCAUUGAUGAAGACCAUAUGUCCUUCAUCAACAAUCCCAACCUGACUGUGCGGGUACCCAUUGCUGUAGGCGAGUCUGAUUUUGAGAACCUCAACACAGAAGAUGUUAGCAGCGAGUCGGAUCCUGAAGGCAGCAAAGAUAAAUUGGAUGACACUAGCUCCUCUGAAGGAAGCACCAUUGAUGUCAAGCCAGAAGUAGAAGAAGUCCCUGUGGAACAGCCUGAGGAGUACUUGGAUCCAGAUGCCUGCUUCACAGAAGGUUGUGUCCAGCGGUUCAAGUGCUGCCAGGUCAACAUUGAGGAAGGGCUGGGCAAGUCUUGGUGGAUCCUGCGGAAAACCUGCUUUCUCAUCGUAGAGCACAAUUGGUUUGAGACCUUCAUCAUCUUCAUGAUUCUGCUCAGCAGUGGUGCCCUGGCCUUUGAGGACAUCUACAUUGAACAGAGGAAGACUAUUCGCACUAUACUGGAAUACGCUGACAAAGUCUUCACCUACAUCUUCAUCCUGGAGAUGUUGCUCAAGUGGACAGCCUACGGGUUUGUCAAGUUCUUCACCAAUGCCUGGUGCUGGCUGGACUUCCUCAUCGUGGCUGUCUCUUUAGUCAGCCUUAUAGCUAAUGCCCUGGGCUACUCGGAACUAGGUGCCAUAAAGUCCCUUAGGACCCUAAGAGCUUUGAGACCCUUAAGAGCCUUAUCACGAUUUGAAGGGAUGAGGGUGGUGGUGAAUGCCUUGGUGGGUGCCAUCCCCUCCAUCAUGAAUGUGCUGCUGGUGUGUCUCAUCUUCUGGCUGAUUUUCAGCAUCAUGGGUGUUAACCUGUUUGCCGGAAAGUACCACUACUGCUUUAAUGAGACUUCUGAAAUCCGGUUUGAAAUUGAAGAUGUCAACAAUAAAACUGAAUGUGAAAAGCUGAUGGAGGGGAACAACACAGAGAUCAGAUGGAAGAAUGUGAAGAUCAACUUUGACAACGUUGGGGCAGGAUAUCUGGCCCUUCUUCAAGUAGCAACCUUCAAAGGCUGGAUGGACAUCAUGUAUGCGGCCGUAGAUUCCCGAAAGCCUGAUGAGCAGCCUAAAUAUGAGGACAACAUCUACAUGUAUAUCUACUUUGUCAUCUUCAUCAUCUUCGGCUCCUUCUUCACCCUGAACCUCUUCAUUGGUGUCAUCAUUGAUAACUUCAAUCAACAAAAGAAAAAGUUUGGAGGUCAGGACAUCUUCAUGACUGAGGAACAGAAGAAGUACUACAAUGCCAUGAAGAAGCUGGGCUCAAAGAAACCACAGAAACCCAUUCCCCGCCCUUUGAACAAAAUCCAAGGUAUCGUCUUUGAUUUUGUCACUCAACAAGCCUUUGACAUUGUUAUCAUGAUGCUCAUCUGCCUUAACAUGGUGACAAUGAUGGUAGAGACAGAUACUCAGAGCAAGCAGAUGGAAAACAUUCUCUACUGGAUUAAUCUGGUCUUUGUUAUUUUCUUCACCUGUGAGUGUGUGCUCAAAAUGUUUGCCUUGAGGCACUACUACUUCACCAUUGGCUGGAACAUCUUUGACUUCGUGGUGGUCAUCCUCUCCAUUGUGGGAAUGUUUCUGGCUGAUAUCAUUGAGAAAUACUUUGUUUCCCCAACCCUAUUCCGAGUCAUCCGGUUGGCCCGUAUUGGGCGCAUCUUGCGUCUGAUCAAAGGUGCCAAAGGGAUUCGUACCCUGCUCUUUGCCUUAAUGAUGUCCUUGCCUGCCCUGUUCAACAUUGGCCUUCUGCUCUUCCUGGUCAUGUUCAUCUUCUCCAUCUUUGGGAUGUCCAAUUUUGCAUAUGUGAAGCAUGAAGCUGGCAUCGAUGACAUGUUCAACUUUGAGACAUUUGGCAACAGCAUGAUCUGCCUGUUUCAGAUCACAACCUCAGCUGGUUGGGAUGGCCUGCUGCUACCCAUCCUUAACCGCCCCCCUGACUGCAGCCUGGACAAGGAACACCCAGGGAGUGGCUUUAAGGGAGACUGCGGGAACCCCUCUGUGGGCAUCUUCUUCUUUGUAAGCUACAUCAUCAUUUCCUUCUUGAUUGUGGUGAACAUGUACAUUGCCAUCAUCUUGGAGAACUUCAGUGUAGCCACAGAAGAAAGUGCAGAUCCUCUGAGUGAAGAUGACUUUGAGACCUUCUAUGAGAUCUGGGAGAAGUUUGACCCUGAUGCCACCCAAUUCAUCGAGUACUGUAAGCUGGCAGACUUUGCAGAUGCCUUGGAGCAUCCUCUCCGAGUGCCCAAGCCCAACACCAUUGAGCUCAUCGCCAUGGAUCUGCCGAUGGUGAGUGGGGAUCGCAUCCACUGCUUGGACAUCCUUUUUGCCUUCACCAAGCGGGUCUUGGGAGACAGUGGAGAGUUGGACAUCCUGCGACAGCAGAUGGAGGAGCGGUUCGUGGCAUCCAAUCCUUCCAAAGUGUCUUACGAGCCAAUCACAACCACACUGCGACGAAAGCAGGAGGAGGUGUCUGCAGUGGUCCUGCAGCGAGCCUACCGGGGACAUUUGGCAAGGCGAGGUUUCAUCUGCAAAAAGAUGACUUCCAAUAAGCUAGAGAAUGGAGGUACCCACCGGGAGAAAAAGGAGAGCACCCCAUCCACAGCCUCCCUCCCAUCCUAUGACAGUGUAACUAAACCCGACAAGGAAAAACAGCAGCGGGCAGAGGAAGGAAGAAGGGAAAGAGCCAAAAGACAAAAAGAGGUCAGAGAAUCCAAAUGUUAGAGGAAAGCAACAGUGAAAUAUUUACUGGUUUAAAACUUGCAAGUGAAAGAUUGUUUACAAACUUCCUGAAUAUUAUCAAUGCAGAUCAGCUGUGGAGACACUGUAACCUGAAGAUCUAUACCAAACGUAGUCUGCUUAUCAUGUGACACGGUUGCAUCUUGAGCAGUGACCUGCCAAGGGCAAAAGACCCUGCUCCCUGGACUCACAGAUUUUCUAUUGCUUGGGCAGGUGGUUACUGCAUGUUCCACAUUCAGUCAAUGCAACUUAGAACAAAACUAACAGGAUACAAAAACAGACGAGAGGCUGCCAGGACCAGCAUAUUUCCGUUGCAGCCAAAUGGAUUUUAUUUUUUCAUUUUGUUGAUUCUCAGAAGCAGAAAGCAUCACUUUAAAAGUUCGUUUGUUCAUGCAAACUAUAUUUGCAUUCUUACAUUAGUUAAGCUAAGCGGCAAAGAGAAAACACACACACACACACACACACACACACACACACACUCUCUCUCUCUCUCUCUCUCUCUCUCUCUCUCUCUCUCUCUCUCUCUCUCUCUCUCAUAUUUAGCCCAUGUCAUUAAAUGGUCAGUUACUUUGACAUAAAUCACAUCUUCUCCACAUGGGCUUCACAUGGUUUGGAGAUGGGUGGGGGAACACAAUCAGGUUUUUCAGGCUGAGGAGGACUUGCUCAGGCCAAUUCCAAACAUUGUGCUCGUUCAAUGCAUAGAAAUGAUUUGCAUGAUGGCAUGCUGUGAUCAGAAGUCAUGCAUGAGAUCCAUACACCACAGGACACUACUAAUCCUGUACCCUGCAUUGGGUCAGCCUUUGGACAGAACCCAGCCCUGCACCGUUCACUGUAUUUGGAGAAAAUGGUAAGAGUUCCAUACUGGCUGCAAUUCUUUUUAAGUCUUUAAAGUGUUUCAUACACCUUCUGGGUAGGGAAACAUAACUAAUCAAUUGACCACCACCAACAAAAAACAAACCCAAUCCAAUAAGCAGAUGGAUCCGUUGUGUGUAUAUGUUUAACAGACAUCUCUAACAUACAGCCAUUGUUGCACAUUUUGCAAGAUAAACUACUUAAUGCUGCUCUGUGUCUAGUACAUGGGGAGACUUUGACCCCGAAUGGCUUGUACUAUUAAUGUCACUGUAAAACCAAAUCCUAGGGCUAAAAAAAAAAAGUUCAUUUGUAUCUUGCAAUAUUUAUGAUGAUUGUUUAGCCUUCAUACUGGAGAACUGACACUUAUUUAGGGUAGAGAUAAACGUGCUAUUUCUAGUAGCACGUUUAUCUCUAGGGGUAUUUUGGGGAACCUAAAAUGACCUUUUAUUGGGGGAUAUGGGGUGCUCAUUUCAUUUAGUGUCAUGUCCUUCUGCAUUGUGGCUUUCUCCAGGCUUGGGUCUCUACGGAGAGGCGUUCAGAUAUUCUGACCUGCCCUCUCCUUUCUGCAGAGAAGUUGCCAUGAGCUCACACCUGCAUGGUUCCUCCUGCCUCCACCAUAUUUCUCCAUCAAGCAGGGCUUCCCUUCCCACCCCUCAGGGCUGGUGAGGGCAGCAACAUUGGAUAUGGCUACAGUUUCUUUCAUUUAUUUUUAGAAUAAUAGUCACUGGUGGGGCCUGAGGUAGAGAUGGAGCCACCUCUUAACCAAGCCCACUUGAUUUCUUUACUGCACUGGUUUUUAUGACAAAGUGACUUGAUAUUAAUUCUUUGGGAUAUUCCAGCUUCCCCCAGCACACUCCCUUUCAGCCAGUUUUGCUGUCUGCUUAAUGACCUGCCCAUUGUCAAUGGAGAGUGGCUUCUGGGGGAGCGUCUUCUCCUUCAUUCCGUCUCCUGCUUUAUGGAAGACAGUUCUUAGUGCAGGGGUAUAUCAUGUGAUGACAAGGUUUCAAAGCCAAGACACUGCAGUUAGAUGUUUCAGGAAGUCUAUUUGAAGAGCGGAGAAAGACUGAUGAACCAAAUCAAAAUAAAUUCUUCCCGAACCAUAUAACAGAGGGGCAAAAGAAACCAACCCGUUACCAGACACACCAAUCUGCCUUGCAGUACAAGCACUUUGGAUGUAACUUUACAGUCCACUUGACUAGUUUUGCAUAGAACAAACCACGGCAGCUCAGUAAGCAGAGCUUGCUAUCUUGCUGGAUCAUUACAAACUCCAUCCAGUGCUCUCAAGCCUGCUUCUGCGGCACCAUCCGUAGGGUUUUGUACUACGCCUGAUGCCAGAUUGGGAAGGCAUUUCCCUCAGUGCCCCUGCUAACUGCUAGGAUGAAUGAAUGUAUAGUACCAUGUACAGGUGACAUUGUAAACAGCACAAAACAGAAGCUGACAUGUGGUUAUUCUUUUUAAGAGAAUUAUAAAUACUGUAAUAUAUAAUUUUAUUUUAUUGGCAUGCCUUUUGUAAAUACAAAUUAUUAACUUAUUAAAUAGGAAAUGGCUUCUGGCUUAUGCCAUUGUCAUGUUUAUUUUUAUUUUUUAUACUUUCCUUUCUUCUUAGAACUUAGAUGCUGUCAGCCAAUGUACAUCCCCAAACCAGACAGACAGACAAAAAAUUUUUUAUUGCUAAUGGUCUUUUCCAAAACAACAAAAAUAUAUAUUUUUGUUCCAAUGUGCAAUAAAUUCUAACCACUUCUAUGCAAGAUUUGGCUAAACUUAAUAAUUGUUCUUAGGUCUUGAGAUGGGCAACA